AUGAACUCUCUAUUACAUUUUAGAAAUCAAAUUACUAAAUUAAAGUAUUUAUAUUAUUGUAAAUCAAAUCUAAUAAUAAAUAUACGAAAUAUACCAAGAAUAGUAAAAUUCUCAUCAAUAAAAUUUCAAAGUCUUCCUCAACGAUAUCAACAAUCUCAACCACAGCAAGAGCAAUACCAUUUACAAAAUGCUCACAAAAAAGUUCGAUUGUUUAAUGGUAAACUUGAUGAAAUUAUUAAUUUGAUGAGAAAUAAAACACCAUCACCAAAGAUAAUUGGAAUAUAUGAUGAAAAAGAUAAAAUUCGGUUUGACGAAAAUUCAAUAAAUAGGCUGUUAAUUGAAUGCAAUAAAUCGAGAAAUAUAGAAUAUUUAAAUAUGUUUUACAAAGACAUGAUUAUGGACAAAAUGGUAAAAAAACCGGGAAGAACAGAAAUGGAUGUGUUGGAACAGGUAGAAUAUUAUUUUAAAAAUGCGGAACCAAUAAAAGCCGUCGAAUAUUUCUUGAAUAUAAAAUCAAAACAUAUACAAGAAAGUCCAUUGGUGUUGAUAGAAUUAUUUCAAGGAUUAUUUGCUUUCAACGGGAUUCAAAAAGCUUUUGAUGUUUAUAAAGAGAUUUCGUCAAAAGGUAUCAUGAUUGAUAAAAACAUUGGACAUUAUCUAAUCGUGAUGUUUGGGUGGAAGGAACAAUUGACGUUUGCAGACACAAUCUACGACAAUAUGAUUUCUUCUAAUAUCGAACCUAGAUUACCCACAUUAUUUGAAUUGUGUUUUUUUUACAUAAAUUCAGGAUAUGAAUCAAAAGUUAAACAAAUAAUUUCAAUAAUUCUGCGAAUGAACCCAAAAUUAGAUUUCAUUACGUAUAAAGUAGAUAUAGUAGAAUAUUGUCUAAUAAGAUUAUUAAAUCAAUACGCCAUUACAAAUAAUAAAGAAGAAAUGGUUAAUACAAUCAAUCUAUUGAAUAAAUUACCAAAAUCUUUAAACCCUUCGAAUAAAAAGUAUAAAAGAACAGCAUUUUUAAGUGCAUAUUGUAGACUUGGCCAACUUACAAAAGUUAUGGAGAUUUGGGAUGACAUUUUGAAAAGUUGUGAUGUUAAUGACAAUAGUAUACAACCAGCAACAUCUAUUGUUUGUGAUGCUAUAGGAUUUUAUGGAACUCUUGAAAAUCUUGAAAGAUUUUGGGAUCUAGUGAUUAAUUAUCAUUCAUCUAAUAAAAUCAGAUUAAAUACAAAUCAUUAUAAUUCAUACAUUCAAGCUUUAUAUAGAUUAAAAGCUCCUCAUCAAACAAUCUAUGAAGUGUUAACAAAAGAUAUGCUCACGAAAGAAAUUUCUCCUGACAUCAAAACAAUAGUUACAUUGUUAGGUCCAUUGGGCAGAAACAAUAAAUCAAGCACCAUAAAUAAAAUUUUAGAAUUCAUAAAAAAUUCGUGGCCACAAGUUUAUUUAGAAUGGCAAAGAUACAAGAAAAACGAGAAAAAUCGGUUAUUUUAA